CAUCUCAAUCCCCUCUACCGUCCUCCAGCCAUGUCCAUCUUAUUCGAAAAGCUCGUAGCCACACCUACGGACAACUUUGGCACUCCCACUUCUGACGAACAGGCGGAAGUAGAAGAAAGUAUUCAAGCUUUCGUGGAAUCCUAUCAAAAUGCAUUACGUGGAAAGAAAGAGCAACAAGGAUCAACAUCAAAUGGCAAGCAUGUCAACUUGAAAGACGAAGAGAUUCCAGUCCCGUCAUUAAACAAAAAGAUGCACGUUGCCUUUCUACGAAGAAUCUUGGACCCAUUACCUAGCAAUUAUUUGGCAUACGAUAGCACCCGAUGUUGGUUGAUCUAUUGGGUUGCACAUUCUUGCCUUUUGAUGGGAUUCGAAUUAGGUGAGCCACUAAGGAGUCGAGCGAUUACUACACUUCUACACUUUCAAAAUCAAUAUACUGGCGGCUUUGGUGGAGGACAUGGUCAAAAUGCCCAUUUGAUGGGAACCUAUGCUAGCGUGAUGGCAUUGGCAAUCUUGGGUGGUCCAGGCCCUUGUCCUGAUGACGAUGAUGUUGCGAUGGGCAUCAGCGUGGAUAUCGGAAAAGGAGGAUGGGAUGCUAUCGAUCGAAAGAAGCUAUAUACCUUUUUGCUUUCACUCAAACAGCCAGAUGGAUCAUUCACAGUGAAUCGUGAUGGUGAAGUAGACGUUCGUGCAACUUAUUGCGUUAUUUGUGUCUCUCUUAUGCUUGGAAUUGCUACUCCAGAGUUAAUGAGAGGUGUAGGAAAUGCAAUAGCAAAUUGUCAAACAUACGAAGGAGGCUUAAGCUCAGGCAGUCAACCAUUUGAUUUGCUGUUCUCAGCACCGUCUCUUUUUCAAAAUGCUGCCUCUUUAGGUGAAGCUCAUGGAGGUUAUGCUUUCUGUGCAAUGGCAACACAUUUGGCCUUGUCGCUCCUGCCUAAUCCAGCAGAGCCAAAUGUAUCAGCAUUUGGGCCGGGGAAAGAGGAAGGCGGAAAGCGUGCUCAAUGGCAUCAAUCGCGUUCUGCAAGCAGUUCAUCUUUAGAUGUCGACCGUAUAUCUCGUUGGUCAGCUUGGCAGCAAGGCUUGCCGAUAGAAGGAGGCGGCUUUCGUGGAAGGACGAAUAAGCUAGUUGACGGCUGUUAUGGUUGGUUCAGCGGAGCAGGUCUAGGCACAAUUCUGAGUGUUCAAUUGGAAUUGCAAGACGGGAAAUGGUGGCUGGAAGAUAAUGCAGAAGGAGAACCGGUCACAACAAGCGGCGAAAGUGAUGGAUGGGAAAGUGUGACUGGAAAUGCUGAAGAGAAUGAUGUUGAAGGUUUCUUGUUUGACAGGAAGGCACUACAAGAAUACAUCUUAGUCGUCGCACAAGCACCGCAAGGAGGUUUACGUGAUAAACCCGGUAAAAGGUCUGAUGCUUAUCAUACAGCAAAUAAUCUAGCAGGUCUGUCCUUGUGCCAGCAUCGUCUGGAGUACAACCAGAGCUCAAGGCAAACAUUAGAGAAAGCUUGGAAGUCAACAGAAGCUUCAAAGAUUGAAGAGCACAACAGCGCGGAUAAUUGGCGCAAGGAAUGCUAUCUUUCUAUGAUGGCGUUUGUAAGCGAUCCUAGAUACCUUUGCAUCCUGGGCAGCGAUGAAAACAGAUUAGGCAUCAAUCAUCCUAUCUUCAACGUUCCUCUAACAAGAUCUGUUCCUAUGCUCAAAUGGGCCUACGCUCAAAAUUGAUUAGCUCUUUGUAUCGUAUGUUCACAUUGCAAUAUUUUACAUUUGUACUUUAUAUCACUUAUGAUCUCCUCAUAUCCUUUUUCCAAUCAAGAUAUGAAAGGCCAACCCCGGUAAGCGAGAGAGAUUUUGAACGUGAC